CUAAUUACUAAGUAGUUCAAGCAGAAGUCACCAUCUCUUCCUUUUCUUUCCAUUCUCCCCCUCGUCGUCUCGCCUUCAUCCCUGGCAUACAGCCAUUCCUUGUGUGAACAUGAUCUGCCAUGGUAGGCGUCCCUGGAAAGAGCAAGGGCUGCAAUACUUGUCGUCGCCGUAAAAAGGGUUGCGACCAGAGACGUCCCAUCUGCGGCCAGUGCGAAUUCAGCGGGUAUCACUGUGGAGGCUAUAAUCGUGAUCGCUCCUUUGUCAUCCAUCCCGCCACAAAUGCCGUCCGCCGUGCCGUCUUCUUGCCCUAUGUUGCUCCAAAUCCCCUAUCCCUCCUACAGUCAUUGAACCGCAACGCCCUCGAUUCUCAAUGUCGUGGGCUUUUCUGGCAAUAUUACAUGCCUCGCGGCGACUGUAUGUGUCGCGACCAAUUUAUUCUGCAGUAUGGACACCCCAUGAAUUGGGCUGAACUGGUCCGCUCCCUCCCACACGAGGACACCUCCCUCUCCGACGCCUUUUCAGCCCUGUCUAUCUCGGGCGCCGCUAGAGGCAAUAACGAUACCCGUCUCAUCAAUGAGAGUACUCGUCUCUAUGGCAAAGCCCUUAAGGAGCUGCAGCUCGCCCUCUACGACCCGGCCAAGAUGCGCUCUGAUCAAACUCUGAUGGCCUGCAUGCUUCUCGGUCUCUAUGAAAUGCUGCAAGAGCCAUCGCCCACUUCCCCAAGAUGGUUGGCCCAUGCCCAGGGAGCCGCAAGGCUCAUCCAGCUUCGCGGUCCUGCUCUUCAUCGCGAAUGGGACGCACAUCAUUCUUUUCUCGCAUCCAGAGUCCCCACUCUGUAUGCCGCCAUCCUGUCGAGGCAGGCCACUUAUCUCGCUCAACAAUCCUGGUUGACGGUCCCAUGGGAAAAGCAACUCAGGACCUACUUUGACAGAUUGGUUGAUGCCGCCGUUCACAUCCCAGGUCAUCUCGAAACUCUCGAUCUCCUUCAGGACUCUCCAACCACAAACACUUCCAGGUUGUUGCACCUGCUGAAGGAGUGUGCAGCCCUGCAAACCCAGUUGAACAAAUGGCGAGAUGGCACCAAACCAUCCGCAGUUCCAGUCGCCGUCAAACAUGGCGCCUUCGACCCUCACCUUUACCCUUUUGAUACCGAUCUUUGGUUCGCCAAUCACCUUUUCGCCCAUGCUCGCCUGUUCUACUGCACCUGCUCGCUCACUCUUGCCGAGGCUGCUCUCGAAAUCAUUCGUCUCCUCACCACCGCACAGGAAUCGCUUGUCGUUGACAAGACGGCGAAUAAAUCUCUGUCCACCCUCUUCGAUCCAGAACCUCAUGCGCGUGAUAUCUGUCGCAUCGUGUCGUACUGCACUCAACGCGAUAUGGGCGCUCUUGGGCCAAUCCUGGUCGAAUUUCCGACAACCGUGGCCCGCCAAUACUAUCAACGAAUCAAACGUACAGAGGCCACGCAAUGGCUGGAUUCCACGCUUGCCGAUGUCAGGGCUCGAGUCUUGUACGCGCAUGAGAGCAUGUCCAAGUCGUCUCCGACCUCGACCAAUUCCCAGGCAGGGAAUUGCGAGAACCCGGUUGGAGAAAAGUCCGAUAUCUUUCCCCGGGACGAAUUAAAAGCUGCCCCAAGGCUCAAUUUGACCGACACAGCCCAUUCUCCACUGACAGGGUUGUCCACGGGGAUCUUCGUUCGCGAAGACCCGUCCAUAUACUAUCAAGUCGUGGGGAGUGACAACACAUGAGGUCCAAUAACAGACAGGGCCAAAAAGAAAACUCAGGGAAGAGGAAGUGCGGUCAGGAAUCUUGCGAUCAAAAUUCGUUAGAUCUGUGGAGGACACGAGGCGUUUUGAUUAGCCCAGCUCUGAAAUGUCUAGGAUAUAAUUAAUGCGAAUAUAGACUCUG